GUACGGCGGUCAUGAAUAUUUUACGAUUUUUCCGGCUUUGGCGAUAUACACAACAUAUAGUGGUCUGUCAAUUGAAGUAGAGCUAGCGCUUUUAAACUUCACUACUGACACUAUGGCUCACACCAAACGUAUAUUGGUACCAAUUGACGACAAGGAACAUUGUAUGAGAGCUUUUGACUGGUACCUUGAAAACUAUGGGCAAGACAAGCAGGAGAUUAUCCUACUGCAUGUGUACAACACGAUUGAUCAUGUCACCCAGUACUCAGACGAUGAUUCAGAAGAUACGUCUGAAAUGCGUGUGGAUGAAAUGAGGAACAUCAUGAAAGCAGCCAAUAAACAAGCUAAAGGCAUGCUUCAGAAAUUCGUGGACAAAUGCAAGAAAGUUGAGGUGCCUUACAAAACUAGAAUUGAGCUAGGUACACCAGGAGACGCCAUUUGCAAAGUUGCAAAAGACGAAAACGUCACGUGCAUAGUAUUAGGAAAUCGCGGACUUGGGGCUUUCCGAAGAACCAUAUUAGGCAGUGUCAGUGAUCACGUGGUUCAUCAUUCGAGAGUUCCGGUUCUGCUUGUACCACCAAAGUAACAUUUCUCGGGAUAAAACGAAAAUGCUGUCGUUCGGUUCGUUAAUUGGCCGGUCGCUCGGCCUUUUUGUUGCACUUGGAACAUUUUGGUAUCUUAUGUAUUGUACAUUGGUACAUUAUGUAUUAAGCUAGCAAUAUCGCUGGAGGUUAAUUUGCUGUUAUUACUAGAACAAAUUAUGUAUUAUUAUUAACAAUGGUUUAAUAAUAAUUAAUAAUAAUAAUAAUAAUAACAAUUGUGAUAAUGUAUUAUUACUUGAAGGUGUAUUCUUUCGCGUAGUUUCGUAAAUAUGUGUACUCCGAAAUUGUACAGAUGAUCGGUUAUUUAUUCUUCGUUUCGCCUUGCCUUAGAUAAGUAUUUUUUUGCUAUUUGCGGCUGAAGAAGAUAUUAGUCUUGUAAUCUAUCUAAAUAUUAUUUACCAAACUCGUAAACUUGUAAUCUUAUUUACAAUGGUAUUGUGAUCAAAUUAGUGCACAAAGAUUAUUAAACAAACACCUCAUUGUAAUUUCGCUUUAUAAACCCUAUUUAGAACGGGGACGGAGUUUAAACGUAAGCACAUACCAAACUUUGCACUGUACUGGAAAAUUCAUUUGGGAGCAAUUUGGUAUCGCAUGUCAUUACGCACGGACACUUUGAUAAACAUAGUAUUUAAUUUUAAGCAUCCUGAUAUGUAACAAAACUGUCUUUAGUGACAAUUCCAUUCUUGGGUCAUUUUAUUGUCUCUUGCUUUAAUCUUAGUUUCUUUUAGGUCCGUCUUGAUGGUAGUAUGACGUCAUGGAAACAUCAAAAAAUCGAAGACGUGGUUUAAUUUGUUCAAAAAAGUCAUGACGUCGCAUGACGCAAUCGUUUCACGUUACCGCAAAAGUUUUUGAGCGUACCAUACAUCCCUCGUUUGUAAUUUUAGUUCUAGAGUUAUAGUUAUAGAAAAGAGAGAAACUGUCUACAUCGUUGAUGGCCUGUUAUAAGCAUUCGAAUGGUUGGGAACAUUACGAGAAACGAGAUUUCUAAAUAUUAUUUAACAAACUCGUAAACUUGUAAUCUUAUUUACUUGUAGAAAAAGUAGAGUUGUUGAGCUUGUAGAAAAAGGGCCGGGAGUUUGUUAUUUUGUUGUUGUUGUUGUUGUUAUUGUUGCUUUUUUUUUAACUCACUGCCUUUCUCGCUGCUCCCUGUCUAACUUACUCUUGAAAUAGGCGGUAUUUGUCUGGAUUCUAUAGAAUAUUUGACUCCUCAAUGUAGAAUUUGACCAUGAGAGUUUUUUAUCUUAGUUGAUUGUAAGUUUCAGAGGGUGUCAAUGACAACGACAUUCAGUAACAUUCUCUUAUAACAUAGCCUUAGCAAAGCGUGUUCUCUGAUUGCUAAUACGCGCGAUCCAUUUGCGCGUGGGUUGCACGCUGACGUCAGUUUGUUUGUUUGCACUUAUCUCGGCAGUUUUUCUCAUCGAAUUUAUCCCCGUUUAAAACGUAAUUUUUAUUUUUUCCUCCUAAAAUAUGAUAAAAUCUAAUUAUUCUUCCGGAAAUGAGGAGGAUAAUUUCUGUGAGCUACCAAACCUCGAGCUCAAGUUUUUUUUGCCGGGCCUCCACGCAAGAGAUUUGCUAAAUUAAGCUAGCAGGAGUUGAAUCAGCUGGUUGAACAAAUACUCGGAGAAGACCAAGAAAACAACAAACUGGUCUGUAUCAACCCUUCGAGGUUUGUUAUGGAUAGCGGUAAUUUUUAGGCAGAAUUUUUCAGCGAUUUGACGACAAUAAAAUUCAGCACAAGCUAUCGUUGUAAAACUUUUCUGGCGUCGAAAGCCAUUUAAAUACUUUCGGCGAGCAAAACUUGUACAUGACAGUUUUAGUAAAUUUCUGUUUUAAGUGAAGUCUUACAUACGUUAUAAUAUAAGCCGAGAAAUUUCGGAGUUUUGAUUGGUUGAUAGUAUCACUAUUUCCGAGUCAUAGUGGUAUAACAGCAAAAAUGGAUGGUAUAACAAGGUUACCAUGACAACACUGAACACAAUUACGUUUUUGCUUUUGUUUUCAAAUUUUAAAAAAUGGCGGCAAGGUUUCCGGAAGUUUCCUGUGAGGAAAUAGAAAAGCUCGCCGAAAAAGCAGUAAACAAAAAUACAGUCAAAACUACUAAGACGUGGAUGAAUAUUUGGAAGUCAUGGGAAGAAAGCAAGGGUCUUAAUGAUGACAUUGUCAAAUACGAAGCUAAAGAACUGGAUGAAUGUCUCUCGCGAUUCUUUGCCGAAAUUCACAAAAGCGAUGGCUCCGACUAGGAGCCGGACAGCCUAAGGGUUAUGUUAGCUGCCCUCUACAGACACCUCAAACAAAAUGACAGCAAAAUAUCCAUAGCAAACGACCGAUAAUUCGUCAAGUGCAGACAGUUCCUGGAGGGAAAAGCAAGAGUUCUUCGCGAAAAAGGCCACGGAAAACGACCAAAUGCAACUAAAGCACUUACCGUCCAAGACGAAGAGCAGCUAUGGAAAAGUCGUGUGCUUGGCAAACAAAAUCCAAAGUCAUUCCUUUAUACUCUGUGGUAUCUGCUCACCCUUCAUUUUGGUCUUCGAGGUUGCCAAGAGCACCAUGAAAUGUUUGUCGAAGAUUUCAGCUUGAACAAGGACAACCAAGGCACAGAGUACGUAACAUUCGAAGAAAACCCAACAAAGACCC